UUUGCUUGCAAUAUAUUUUUAUUUUUUGAUAAAUUAGGGAGAUAGAUUUUAACGAAACCAAUUAGGUUUAAAAUCUUAAAAAAAAAAAAAAAAUCAUUAUUAAGGAAAAAUAAAUAAAUAAAUAAAUUCAUUGCUGUGGGUGUGAGUUGGUCCUCCGAGUCUCAGGAGUCCGUAGCUGGCAUUCAUGAAGAAAAUUGAAUUCUGGCGCUUUCUAAGCCGCCAGAACUGGACUGCCCCAACUAUCACCGGAGAUCGCAUUUUCCGGCGACCUCAAAAAGCCACUGUUAUCGUGUUCCGUAGUUGUUUGAGACCCAGCAAAAUAUAGAAGCAAACCUUUUAGCCUUCCUCUAUUCCACAACUACAAAAACCCAUUUCUUUGUGGAGCUGUAAAUUGUCGAUUGCUUCCGUCACAUUCGCAUGGCCAAGAAUUCCCUGUUCUUAUGGUUUUCAAGGAAUUCUCAGAAGAUUUUAGUUUCUCCAGCUACUUUCAGUAACAGUUUAGUGAAGAAUUCUAUCAAAUUUGUCCAUUCCUUUGACCAUUUUAAACAAAAUAAGUCCAUUAAACCAUUUCUAGGAAGGAAGAGUAGGAAGUAUCCCAAAACAAUUGCAAAGGAGGCUGUGGACCCAAAAGUUUAUAUGAGGGAUACCAUUGGAAAAAUAUAUAAAAUUCUAAGAUAUUCAACAUGGGAUUCUGCCCAAGACCAGCUUCAGGGGCUCCCUGUAAGAUGGGAUUCUUACACUGUUAAUCAGAUUUUGAAAACCCAUCCGCCAAUGGAGAAGGCGUGGCUUUUUUUCAACUGGGCUGAUCGAUUGAAAGGGUUCAAGCACGAUCAAUUCACUUACACCACAAUGAUUGAUAUUUUUGGAGAGGCUGGGAGAAUUUCAUCCAUGAACUUUGUUUUUAAACAAAUGCAAGAGAGGGAAAUAGAGAUUGAUGCUGUUACUUAUACUUCACUGAUGCACUGGAUUUACAGCUCUGGAGACGUUGAUGGAGCGAUGGAAGUGUGGGAACAGAUGAAAGCUAAUGGCUGUAAACCAACAGUUGUUUCCUAUACAGCUUAUAUGAAAAUUUUAUUCAACAGUAAUAGAGUGGAGAAAGCCAUUGAUGCAUACAAGGAGAUGCUUCAAUCUGGGUGUUCUCUAAAUUGCCAUACUUAUACUGUUUUAAUGGAAUACCUUAUUGGGUCUGGAAAAUGUAAAGAAGCCCUUGAGAUUUUUGAUAAGAUGCAAGAAGCUGGAGUACAACCAGAUAAAGCUGCCUGCAAUAUUCUGAUUAAGAAGUUGUGUGAAUCUGGGGCGACAUGGGCAAUGACUCAAAUUCUCCAAUAUAUGAAGGAAAACCACAUUGUGCUUCGUUACCCUGUCUUUUUAGAAGCAUGUGAAAUUUUAAAAGUUUCUGGCGAGAGUGAUUCUCUUCUUAGACAAGUUAAUCCUCAUUUUUCCAAUGAACCUGGCAGUACGGAUGGUGAUUUUGGAAAGACCCCUGCUGCUGCCUCUUUUACUUUAGAUGAGGGCCUCAUAUUGAUUCUCUUGAGAAAGGAAAAUCUUGCUGCUGUUAAUUGCUUACUUGCUGAAAUCAUAAAUAAAAAUAUAAAAUUGAAUUCUGCAAUCAUCUCAACCAUUAUUAAGGUAAAUUGUGAUCAUUGUAGACUUCAUGAUGCUUUAUUGGCAUUUGAAUACAGUGUGAAAAUAGGUCUAAUUAUUGAGAGAAAUUCAUACCUGGCAUUGGUAGGAGCUUUGGUCAGAGCAAAAUCAUUUACAAAGGUGAUGGAUGUUGUAGAGGAAAUGAUUAGAGCCGGUCAUUCCCUUGGAAUAUAUGCUGCUACAAUUUUGAUAUAUAGACUUGGGUGCGCUAGAAGGCCCAUAUUUGCAAUGAGAAUUUUUAAUUUAUUUCCUGAUGAUCACAAGUGCACUGCAACUUACACCGCUUUGAUUGGAGCUUACUUCUCUGCUGGGGCUGUUGAUAAAGGACUUAAAAUUUUUGAAACCAUGAAAGGGAAAGGAAUUCUUCCUUCCUUAGGCACAUACAAUGUUCUAUUAUCUGGUCUCUCAAAAAGUGGUAGAGUUAAUGAAGUUGAAAUUUUUAGGAAGGAAAAGAAGAAACUGCAGAUUGAUGGCCAUCCUCAUGAUAUCGUCCCUGUUGAUAAAAAGAUUUGUGAUCUACUUUUUGUUGGGGAUGGUAUAUCUAUCGACUAUUGUGUACAAUAAGAUUCCUUGUCUUGAAAGGAUGCUUUACAUGCACUACAAAGUAUGGAGUAUUGUUAUGUGUGAAUGUGCUGAUGAGGCCAGAAAGAGCAGAGCUUCUCAAAAGGUAUUAUUAAUUCGUUGCAGAAUAGAUACAUUGAGCUUCUCAUAAGGCAUUAUUAGUUCAUUGCAGAAUAAAUACACUGAGCAAGAAUUAGUUUCUAAAUUAUUAAUUUAUAUACGUAUUUAUUAGUUAUAUGAUUGACACAACUCGUUAUUUUCUUGUAUGUUGUAGAAGAUAAUUAAACCUUAGGAGCUUUAUAUAACAUAGUCUGGAUUUAGACUGUAGUGCAGCUUGACUUUGCAAUCUUAAAUUUCUCAUAGAGUUAUUAGUUGCUAUACUUCAUUAAGUUUGCACUUGACUGUUUUUGAUUGGAAUAGAUGCUUACUGAGGGAAGGGCAUCAUUCUUUUGAACAAAUGAUGUUGAGUCAGUGGCUUUUGCCUUGUGAAAAGGGAGUUAGUUACCUCUCUCCUUGGUUAAACAUGGAGCCAAGUAUAACUGGAUUGCACUGCUGAUGCUUGGACAGAAAACCAAUCUAUGGAUGCUGUUUCGACUUAAUAAUACAAUUUAAGGAGGUCAAUUCCUUUCCCACAACGAAUAAAGAGAAAGAAAAUAGAAGAUCCAGACUGAGGUAGAGUUUCUAUUAUGAUAAUGAUAGCAUUCCUGCUUCUGAAGAGCGAAACUCUGGCUACAUUGAUCUGGGUGAUCUUUUCAAAUCCUUCAUGGGGACCUUCACAAGCCCUGCAGAGCGGGGUGCAGCCCUGGAGAUAGUUGAUGACUCCUUUCACUUGAAAGGAAAAGGCAAACCAACUCAGCUGGAUGGUCAAUAUCAGAAUAUCUUAUCACAGAACAAUAAUUGACCUUGCUCUCAUCCUGGCAAGUUACAGGCAAUGGUGAUAUUUACUUGAAGUUGAUGAGGCUCUUCAGGUCACUUAACCACGAAGCAUACAAUAUUAUAUUUAUAGACUACAGAAAAGCCAUGGCUCAUUGGUUGGCCUUUACAUGAAGAUGAGGUUGAAUAGGGAGAGUCCGGAUGGCUUUUUUAGUCUUGAACUAGCCUUGUAAUUUACUCGUCUUUUUAACGUGGAUUUUCCUUCUCUGCUCCAAGCAACUUUUGAUUCUUUUGAUGGGGUUAUUUAAUUUUUUGUUUUUUUUUUUUUAAUGAAAACAUGGCAUUACAAAAAUUGUUAAUAAAUAUUUCCAAUUUGAUGGUU